AUGUUGAUCAAAUCUGUUUCUUUGGCUCUUCUUGUGGUCGCAUCUUCUUCUUCUGUUGUCAUGGCAUGCGAUGAUGCUUGUAUUUCUAGGGGUGCUACGGGUGGUCGUUGCUGGUAUACAUGUGCUGAUCGAUGUUCCAGGACUGGUAGUUAUCAUCGUGAUGAAUUUUUGGGUGGAUUGCAAAGCCGUGGUUAUUCGUGCCAACCUGAAGGAUGGAAUACCUUAUCAUGUGCUACUACUGAUGGAUUCGGUGCUUGUACAUCUCACAAGUGGACUUGUGGAGCAGGCUGUUAAAUUAGUAUUA